CUAAUAAUCAUAUCAUAUUGUUUCGCGCGUUCAAGUGAUCAAGAUCUGGUUGAAGCUGGUUCGGUGUGUUUCACAGAGUUCUGGCAGAAUUGUUCGAAACUUUGACAUUCUCAGUUUCUACAACGUGAAGAGCAAAACUUUUGUGAACAUGAAAAUUGUAAUUGUGCUUGUAGCUGCCAUCGCCGUUGCUUCUGCUCAGAUUCGCCCUCUCCCGAUUCGGCCGGUCCCAUUCGGUGGCCCCGAAGCCGGUGCCGUGAUUCUGAACCAAGUGUACGAACCCAACCCUGACGGCUCGUACAUCUACAGCUAUGAAACCAGCAAUGGAAUUCGUGCCGAGCAGCGUGGCUUCCUGAAAAACCCCGGAACACCAGGAGAAGCGCAGGUGAUGCAGGGAUCGUACUCGUACACUGGCCCCGACGGAGUCGUCUACACCAUCAAUUACAUCGCCGACGAGAAUGGCUAUCGCGCAGAAGGCGCCCACAUCCCAUCUGCCCCGCGGUACAACCCACGUUUCCCGGGCCCAUUCUAGUGCGUGAGACCGCUCGUGCGGCCUUCGGAGCGCCAGUUACUUAGUUACGAUAUUUAUUCGAAAAGUUCGACUAAGCUAGCAAAAGUUCAAUUUGCUCUCUACUCCUGCUAACGUACAACGACAAUUUUAGCCCAAGUGCAUCCGCUGAACAAGCGCAACGUACUCAUCAUCUGUCGGUCUGUGAAUAGUUUAGUGUGCAUAUUUAUUUUAUCGAAACUGUUCUAUCUCGACGUAAUAUAUCAUUCGUCUAUCUGCUUUGCCCCAAGCUCAAAUGCUAACAGUCGCUCCUCCCCAACCGCAUGGCAACGGAACUUUCCAAGGCAUGCCUUCCUGUUUGCAAUAGCUCCUUCUCAUAUUAUCAGCCAUUUUGCUUUCGUAACACAUAUGACUAUUUUAAUAAUUCAACCAAUGUAUAAUUUAUUUCCUCGAUCAUCCUGCCCACUAUAAAACAAAUCACUGCUAUCUUACUCAUUCGCGAACCAAAACUGUAAAUAAAUAUAAAUAACAGCCCGUAAUGAUAAUUGUAAUUAUACUCUUUACAAGUGAUUAUUUGCAAAUACACGAGCCCUCGAAUCGAGAGUGGCAAUUUUGUAAUCUUUGUUGUGUGAAAUAAAUAAAAUGCAAUCGCCUAGCAUAAAGAGGCACCCUUCAUAAAA